AUGGUAGACUAUUUUAGUGAUAUACUAUCAAAUAAGGAACCAGUCUUCCUUAAAUUCAUGGUGGAAGUUUUUUGGCCUGUGCUGAAAUGUGAAAGGUGUGGAGGCCAUGGCGAUUAUGAGACUUUGUCAACAGUGGAUAUGGUGAUGGUGCCACGUGCCAGUGCCAGGCUCAGGGGCCGCGCCGUGCAUGAUCAGCAGGACACGUGUGAGGAAGUGGCACUCAGGAAAGAGGGUCAGUAUCCUCCCACCACAUCCUCUGACCGUGUAGCAAGCUCCUCCCACCAGUCAGCAUUCUCUGACCUGGCAGCCAGCUCCUUACACCAGUCACCAUCCUCUGACCUGGCACGAGUAUCCUCUUCAUACCAAUCAGUAUCCUCUCACCAGGUAGCCAGCUCAUCCCACCAGUCACCAUUCUCUGACCUGGCACCCACCUCUUCACACCAGUCCGCUUUCUCUGAACUCUCACCAUCCAGUGACCUGGUAGCAACCGCCUCCCACCAGUCAGCAUUCUUAGACCUGGCAGAAAGCUCCUCCGACCAGUCAGCAUUCUAUGACGUGGCAGCCAACUCCUCCCACCAAUCAACAUUCUCUGACCUUGCAGCCAGCUCGUCACACCAGUCAGCAUCCUCUGACCUGGCACCUACCUCAUCACACCAAUCAGCAUUCGCUGACCUGGCAUCCACCUCCUCACACCAGUCAGCAUUCUCCGACCUGGCACCCACUUCUUCACACCGGUCAGCAUUCGCUGACCUGUCAGCCAGCUCCUUUCACCAGUCAGCAUCCUAUGACCUGGUACCAUCCUAUUCACACCAGUCAGCAUUCUCUGACCUGGCAGCCAACUCCUUCAACCAUUCAGCAUUCUCUGACCUGGCAGACAGCUCGUCCCACCAGUCAGAAUCCUCUGAUCUGGCACCCACCUCCUCACACCAGACAGCAUUAUCUGACCUGACACCAACCUCCUCACACAAGUCAGCAUUCUCUGACCUGGCACCCAUUUCUUCACACUGUUCAGCAGCAUGUGACCUGUUAUCCAGCUGCUCCCACCAUCAACAACCUCUGACCUGGCACCUAACUCUUCACACAAGUCAGUAUCCUCUCACCUGGUAG